UGAACACCAUCAUGACGCCCUCCAAUUCCCAUGUCUUGACUCUCUGCUUGCUAUUACUCACCCUAACAAGCCUAUUAUCAACAUCAGCAACACCCUUCAACACUCGUUACGAGCUUGACCCGUCGUCCCUCCACACCCACACCCCUCGCUACCACCGUACAAGUGCCCGACCUCACAAGCGUCAACACUCCCCAACUCCACCAUCAAAUAAGAGCAUCAUUUUGGACUUUCAAUGUAACCUUCCUGGUCAAGUAUCCACUUGGGACAACGAAAAGGUUGGGUUGCCGCGAGAAAGUGACAAUACGUGUACAAAAGCCCAUGCCACCUUUCUACGUGCCAUUGAAAGAUUACAAAGGGUGAUUUAUUUUCAAAUACCUAUUCGACUUCAAGCUCGCUUUGCCUCGCUCUGUCCGUCCGACUCUACUAUCGCCUCCUGCCGCGCCAAAAUGGAUGUUUUGGGAUCCGCUGGGCCAUCAGCAUGGCAUGGAUGGGAUCCAUCUGCGGCACAGGCGCUGGGUGUAGACCCAGACUAUCUGUACCCAUCUGCAUUGGCAAAGCAGUACGCUCCUGAUGAGUUUGAUGGGCAAACACCAGACAUCUCUGCCUCAUUUAAUUCGGAUCCGUUGUGGUGGUUUCCGACCAUAGAACACCCUAUAGGGUCCCCGAAUGAUAACGAAUGGAAUGCAGAUCAGGCUUGGACGAAGCAAUGGGGAAACAUUCAACAGUACCUUCCUGUUAAACUAAAAGGCAAAGUAUUCGAUUUCGAGCAAAUCGUUCUGCACGAACUCAUACACGGUCUCGGGUUCAUUUCAUCGUGGUAUACCUGGAUUGACGGUGACAGUAUUCUACCCUCAUCUUUGGAUACAGCAGCCAAUGGAACAGUGCUGGGGCUGACGAAACCGUAUCUAUUUAAUAAGUGGAUGGCAGAUACGGCCAAUGGUGUGUGGAUGAAAGAGUAUGAAGCUCAGAUAAUUGCAGCCGCAUAUCAGAUUGCACAAACACUUCCGGACGACGCAAUAUGGACGCAGGCGUUCAAGGCGUCAGAUGCAUAUAAGCUUCCAGUAAGACUGUUUGACACAAUUGCGACGACCCCUGGCGCAAUUGCCAUAUACUACCCUGUGCGCUCAUACGUCGAUAAUGUUGUGCUACGGUACGCCGUCUUGCAUACCCCAUCCGAAUUCUCAGAUGGUAGCACGUUCAGCCAUGUGGAUUCAGGAGCAUACUCUGGCACGGGGUCAUAUUUGAUGAGACCCUUUGGCACACCCUCGACGGGAUUAGACGCUAUGCGACCGGUUGGUGAACCGAUAGAUGAGGUGGUUUUGGGGAUUCUAAGAGCCAUGGGAUAUGCAACUGCGUUGACACCUUUAUAGAUAGUGUAGAUACAGAUCUUGUUCUUAUUGCCCACGAAGAGGCCA